AUGGCAUCCACCAUAAAAGAUCAGCUGAUUGUGAACAACCUAAAGGAAGACCAGGUUCCCUGUAACAAGAUCACUGUUGUUGGGGUUGGUGCAGUUGUCAUGUCAUGUGCCAUCAGUAUCUUAACAAAGGAUUUGGCUGAUGAACUUGCUCUAGUUGAUGUAAUAAAAGAUAAACUAAAGGGAGAGAUGAUGGAUCUCCAACAUGGCAAUCUUUUCCUCAAAAUACCAGAGAUUGUUUCUGGAAACCAAUAUAGUGUGACUGUCAACUCAAAGCUAGUUGCUGUUACAGCUGGGGAUCAUCAACAGGAGAGAGCAAGUUGUCUUAAUUUGGUCCAGUGUGGCCUGGAAGCUAAGUGGCUUUCCAAAAAAUGUGUUGUUGGUAGUGGUUGCAAUCUGGAUCCUGCCCAUUUCCAUUACCUAAUUGGGGAGAUAUUUGGUGUUCAUUCUUCAAGUUGUCAUGAAUGGGUCCUUGGGGAACAUGGAGACUCCAGUGUUCCUGUGAAGAGUGGUGUGAAUGUUGUAGGUGUAUCUCUGAAGAAUAUUUAUCCUGCUUUGGGAACUGAUGCUGAUUCAAAGAAUUGGAAAGAUGUUCAUAAACAGGUGGUUGAAAAUGCUUUUGAAGUGAUCAAGCUGAAGGUCUACACUUCCUGGGCCAUUGGCUUCUCUGUGGCAGAUCUCACAGAAAGCUUCAUGAAGAAUCUUAGGAGAGCAUAUCCAAUUUCCACCAUGAUUAAAAGCCUAUAUGGCAUUAAUUAG